CCAUCACCGGGCGAAAUGUGGCCACAUCCAGUUUUUACUGAGGGACGAACUCAUCUUUUACAAACGCCGGACAUACUUGGAAUACAAUCAUGAAAUUGCUUCAGAAUUCAGAGGACGCAAAGGCCACAAGAAAGAGUCUAAAACCUCAAGUGGAGAGACGUCGAAGAGAGAGAAUGAACCACAGCCUGGAGAGCCUUAAGACCCUUUUGCUUCAGAGACAGGAAGCGACUCAAAGGAGAAUUGAGAAAGCCGAGAUCCUCGAGCACACAGUCCUCUUCCUACAGAAGUCUGGCAAAGGCGACCAGACUAGAGCUGAAGAAGAUGGUGGGGGAGGCCGGAAACACUCCUUCCAAGACGGGGUCUCCACCUGCCUGCAGAGAGCUGCUCAGUUCCUGGGACCCCACGGGAAAAGUCUUUUGCUUGGAGCAGCACUGGAGUCAUCUUUUGCUGAUCGCCUUUCUCGUCCAGACUCUGACUCUGCAGCAUGCGUCCUAAGAAACACUCAAGAUCAUUCCUCCACCAGUUCGCAGCUUCUCGGGAAGUCGUCCAGGUCAAUUCUUCGCUCACUCAUCGACAGGUCCGGGUAUAGAAUCUGCACGUCUGUCCAUAGGGGGGCCAGUUGCGUUAAGACCUGUGAACAAUCACUCCGCUCUCCAUCAACCCACCAACAGCCCCACAAAGUAUCGAGUCCACUGAGCACACAGAGUCUGCCUCAGAGCCUGCCUGUUGGUCAGACUCUGUGGAGACCCUGGCCCUGAGAACCGCGCAGUGAUUUCACAAAAUGAACUUAAAAUGACUUUAACAUCUUGAAUAGCAUUCACACAACAGCCUCUGUUGUACGCUUGACUUUCUAAGAUGGUAUUUCCAGUGCAAUGUAUUGAGGACGGACCUCCUGCUUUCUGUAAAAUGUGAUAUAUUUGUAGAUGUUGAACAUUUAUUAUGAUCACACCACAUGCUGCUAUACAGACCAACUCAUGUUAAUUGUUUCAUUUAUGAUGUAUUUUUGCACCUUAAUUUAUUAUAUUUGUCUUUUGUAAAUAAACACAAAUGAAGAAUCCCUUUA